AUGAAAGCUAUCUUAAUUGUUGUUCUUUUAGCUAUCACAUAUGGUGCAGAUCCAGAAUAAUGCUUAAAAGAGAGAUGCCCAAAUGAAUAUGCAGCUUGUUAAAAAGAAGUCUUUGGAUGUGCAUCAGCAGCAAUGAAAUGCAAAAAUCAAUGUGGAGGAGAUGAUGCUGAAUGUAUGUUGAACUGUGCUUUAGCAUCAAAGAAUGCCAAAUUGAUUGCAUUGUAAAUUUUUAUAUUUAUUUAAGGGCUCAAUGUGGACAUGAAAAAUGUGCUGAUGUUGCUGUAUCCUUCUGUGAUGUUGAAACUUGUAUUGAGUCUUUCAAGAGUGAAUGCACAUAAAACUUAGGAUUAAAAUCAUUUUAAUGUGCUUCAACUUUCUUCGAAAGACAUCCAGAAUGUUCAUGUGUAACUGAGUUCUGA